GCUCAUCCAAUAAUAUGUGACAUAUUGUCAACAAAUAUAUAAAACGCACUACAUCGCAUUAUCCGUAAUCAGUUAUGAAGUAACCGUGAACGUUCAAUUUAGAUCAUAAAUCGCAAAUUUCAGUGAAUACUACAAGCAUGUGGAAGUAUGCUGUCUUGAUUUGUUUUCUUGCCAUGGUGUGCUCUGGAGAAGAUCUUCCGGAAAUUUGCAAAACAUUUCCCAGAGGAGCCUUCUAUUCAUGCUGCGAAAUUCCUCGGCUAAUAGCAGAAGUGGAUUGGAAACGUUGCGUAGAAGCCAACAAGGAAAACUCCGAUGAAACUACAACCGCCGCAGCAACCACAACUGAUGCUGCGACGGAGUUAAAAACCCAUAGUCGUGAAAGGAUUAAGAAGUUUAGACAUUUCAUGGGCAAGUGUUAUGGAGACUGUGUUUUUGAAGACGCCGGUCUGAUUGUUGACGGAGAGCUGGAUUUCGAUGCCGUCAAAGAAUUGGGUUUAUCAAGGGUUGAAGGAAAUGCCACGUGGAUACCGGUUAUGGAAGAAUCGAUUGCUAAUUGUACUGAUGCUAUGGAUUCUAUUUCGGAAGAAAGAGCCAAAGUAUGUAAGACAAAGGCUGAUAUUUUCAUAAUGUGCUUGCAUGGAUCACUUUUCAGGAAUUGCCCAAUGGAAUUUUGGAGAAAUGAUGAAAAAUGCGAUUCUGCAAAAGAAUUCUUUACGACUUGCCCAGAAAUUUUGAGACACAGAAAGGAACAACCAGCUGAUGCAAAUGAAAACAACUAACAAAAAUGCAUAUUAUAGUGUUGACUAUAUCUGUAACUG